CCAGAUUCCCUAUAUAAAAAGGUGGAAAUAUUGGUUUGGAGGUGGCAUCGGAUCUCCCUAUGUGGACGGCACAGAGAAGACUGAACCGAUUUUGUAGAAUUUCAACAUGACUCUCUUUUGGGCCUUGCCUCCAUAUCAGUGAAUGAGUAACACGACAUUGCUGCUGCAGGCUACGAUAUUGACACCGAAGACAUCCGAAACAUCCGGGAAAUUCCUCCCAACGUGAUGUCAACAUAGCCUUGCUUGAGGAUUAUCUUCUUUAUGGUCUUCUUUCGGAUGGGUCAGGCCAGCGCUGAAUAGCAUCUCUUUUCUUCUUUAUUGCCUCCUUUACUGUCGCCAAGAUGUCCACCGCCAAAGUGCCUAUUUACCUGAAACGGGGAAGCCGCCGGGGAAAGAAGGAGAAACUCCGCGACAUCCUCUCUUCGGACAUGAUCAGCCCGCCGCUGGGGGACUUCCGGCACACGAUCCACAUCGGGAGCGGUGGGGAGAACGACAUGUUUGGGGACAUUUCCUUCCUCCAAGGGAAGUUCCACCUCCUGCCGCGGUCUGAGAGCAAUCUGAGCGAAGACGGAGGCGGACAUUACGUGGUGCCCUUUGAGUUCUCCCGCACCGCCACCAUCUCCGGUUACGACCCGCAGUCGUUGGAGAUCCCCUCACCACUCCUGAAGAAUGCCAUCUCUCUCCCGGUCAUCGGUGGGCUGCAAGCCUUGACCUUGCCUUCUGCUCAAGCUCCGCCGAAACCUCCCCGCCUCCAUCUCGAUGACAAGACUCCAGUGGCCCCACAAAUACUGGACCCUGAGCCGAACCCAACCAACGGCACUCGGACUCCGGAGCCGCCGGCUGUGGCUAACGGCAAGUGCAUGGCUCCUUUGAACGGCUUCACCGAAGAAGGGGACAAAGAUGAGGCUGUCAUCCUGUCUCACGCUGGGUCACUCCUCUCCCUCCACGUGGAUUUGGGGCCCUCGAUUCUGGACGACGUCCUCCAGGUGAUGGACAAACAUCAAACCGAGGAGGCGGCCGCUCCGUUACGGGAUUCCGACCGGCAACAACUUCUGACGUGAUGUGGCGGAUGCCCGGUGAAAGAAACUCGGGACUUUCCGGACAAAGUGUUUUGUACAUAACGGUGUGUGCUGCUGCGAGCAGGACUGGUGUGUGUGAACAUGUAUGAGGUCUUGGGUGCCGCUUCACUAACCGUGUACUUUCUCCCCACCGACACUUUCGUAGUUUUACAAACUACCUCUCCAUCCGACGUGCCAAGAAAAAAAAACCUUGAAAUUUGGAUAUGUCCUUAUCCAGUUGCAAGCCAUUAACAAUAUCUUCCCCAACGCUACUGUGUUUACCUGUAUUCGAAACGAAGCAAUAAAUUCAUGAACAUUAGUGGGGUGCCACUUACUUGCCAA